CGUCACAGCCUGUCGCGCCUUUGGAAUCAGGGCAGGCCAGCCAGCACACCGCCGAAGCCCACUUGCUUAAGAGCCUGUCGAGCCUGCCCUUGACCCGUUUGUAGCACCUCGCCUGAUUGCCAGCUCAUAGCCCUCAUUGUCUGCGAUCGCACUUGUCGACUAUUCAUAGGCAGCGACGCGCCCGUUUCAGAAUUUCUGAGGGGAAAGCCGCCGUCCAACCAGCUCGCACCCGCCUUUGUGAGACAGCCGCCGCGCAUCGCAUUGUCAACGCAUCGCCAAAGGCCCCAAAGAAAUCCACGCCAUAUAAGGCGUUUCUGCACGUCUCCUCUGCGACUUUAUCGACAGCCAAGAACCCCUUUCUCUGCAAUCCCGCGCAUUCCUCACCACUCCCAUCAACACCACCGCAACCAUGGCGCAACUCGUGGCAAAGUAUGCGGCGAAGAAGAUGCUCGCAGGCGAAAUGAGCAAGUACGCCAACAAGGCCGCUGCUGGCCCAUAUGACCCUUUCUACGAGGAGAUUCCCCACCCCAGGAAGCCCGGCAAGACGAAGAAAGUCAAGAAGCAGAUUCCCGCCUACAUCCCCGAGCAGGAGGCCAACAUCCUGGCCAAAGCCCGCAAAACUGCCUACAGACUCGAUUUCGCCCUGUUCAGUUUCAUGGGCAUGCGCUUCGGCUGGUCGUCCGUGAUUGGCCUGGUGCCUGCCAUCGGUGACGCCGCAGAUGCCCUGCUCGCACUCAACCUCAUCAUGCGAAUGCGCAAGGUCUCAUGCGGCCUGCCCAACGCCGUGCUGUUCAUGAUGAUGUUCAACCUGGCGCUCGACUUCGUCGUCGGCCUCGUGCCGUUCAUUGGCGAUUUGGCCGAUGCCGCCAUCAAGUGCAACGGCAAGAACGUCCGCCUGCUGGAGGAGCACCUCGACAAGGUGUACAUGCCCGACGAGCUGAAGUCUAAGAACUCGAAGCUGCCGAGGGAGAGCCGCCCGCGUCCUGCGUCUGUCUAUAUUGAUGUUUCAGACGAAGAGGAUGGCCGUCACGCUGCCUACGAUGAUCGCCACGACGAUGUGCGCCAGCCUCAGCGCGCGUACUCUGGGCGUAGGGAUAGAAUUCCUGAUGAGGAGAUGGGCCGUGUUGACCGCCACGACACCCGGCGCAGCAAGCGAUAGUGCUAUUUCUUUUGUUUGUGUAUAUAUUCCGAUUGUAUAGACAGUCAUUCCCUUAUCCUCAUGCCACAGUACAGCCUUCAGCGCUUCUGGUUUGCCGGUUGGCCCCACAGAUACCCAUCGAGAUUCCAUUGUCAUAGUUAAUCAUUGUAAUACCACCUCAUCAUCAUCAUUUCUUGUAUCUUUAAUACUGUUUCAGGGCUAUUCGUUUAUAAGAAGUCUCCGUUUAUAUCCAAACCAACUCCAAUCGACAUGAUUCCACGAUAACGAGCCUGUGUUCCUACCGUAUUUGGCAAUCACAAGAUCCCCCCCUCAAGAUAACAGAAACAUCAACGCCUUCUCCCAUCGCAGCUCUGCCCUCGAUAUGAAUUGCGUUGUUUCUUUUAUUAUAGACAGGGGGCAUAGAGAAGUUUGAGGGCCUCUAGGGUUAAUUGUGGCUCUCGCUGUACAAGGGUCUAUGUACGUGACAGAAUGGCCCGAGGGUGAUGUGUAUUAGUGACAAG